CCCCCGGCAGCUCCCACUCCAGCCCCGCAGGCCGUGCACGCGGGUCCCGGGGGCCGGUCGCUCGCGGCGGCUCGGCGCGGCCCGUUUCCGGUGAGGCCCGGGCGGCUCGGCGGCGGCCCGAUGCAGGCGGAGCGCGGAGCCCGGGGAGGUCGUGGCCGCCGGCCCGGCCGGGACCGGCCCGGAGGGGAUCGCGAUCGGGCCGGGGCCGCGGCGGCGGUGGCGAGAGGCGGCGGCGGCGGCGGGGACGGAGGCGGCCGCCGGGCCCGCGGCCGGGGUUUCCGCGGAGGCCACCGCGGCCGAGGAGGCGGCGGCGGAGCAGGGGGAGGCCGGGGAGGCCCGCGAGGCGGCCGCCGGGAGCCUGGGGGCCGCUUCUCGGGGCCCACCGAGCCGGUUGAAGAUGACAGUGAUGCAGAGACUUAUGGAGAAGAGAAUGAAGAACAUGGAAAUUAUUCUAAAAGAAAAGUAGUCUCUAACUGGGAUCGAUAUCAAGAUAUUGAGAAAGAGGUCGAUAAGGAAGGUGGAGAGUCCCAGAGAGGAACAGACUUCAGUGUUCUCCUCAGCUCUGCAGGGGACUCCUUCUCGCAGUUCCGGUUUGCUGAGGAGAAAGAGUGGGAUAGUGAAGUUUCAUGUCCAAAACAGAAUUCAACGUUUUAUGUGGACUGUGAGUCAUUGGUUCGAGCCCUUCAAGAACUGCCACUCUCACUCCGACUCAAUGUUGCUGCAGAACUGGUCCAGACCGCCCUUCCUUUAGAACUUCCGCAGGUGAAACCAAAGAGAAACGAAGGCAAGGGGCUAGGGUUGCAGUUAAAAGGGCCCCUGGGUUCUGUCUCCGAGCUGAAACCUGCUGGCUGCCCCAUGUUCCCGGGCAAAGACAACUCCCUCCUAGCUCCUUCGGAAGGGCUGCAGUCAGCAGCAGACCACCUGGAAGAAGAACUAGACCUGCUGCUUAGUUUAGAUGCACCCGUCAAGGAGGGUGGUCCCAUCUCAUCUGACCAGACACCUCAGAACCCGGGACCCGAGGAGGGUAGGGAGCCGGCCCAAGAAGAAAAAGUUCCCACAAAACCAUCUCUGAUAGAAGAAAAGAAUGUGGAAUCUGAGCACCCAAGAAUAUCAAAAAAUGUUACUGAGGAAGAGCUUGAAGACUGGUUGGACAGCAUGAUCUCCUAGGGGGGAAAGAGUGCCUGAAGCACAUUUUGGUUGCCUUGUAAGUCAGGUGGGCACAAGGCUGUCCUUCCGGGACAGCUGGACACAAGCAUGCCCAAGCCCACGUGUUCUAUCCUGCUUCCCGCAGUAAAUGCCUACCUCUGUUUGACAACAUCUGAAAUACAUAUACGAGGCUCA